GAGCCGCAGCGAGUCUGAGGGAUUGGAGCGAGAUGCCUGAAGCUGGGAGAAAGCCAGCUUCCUCCUUCACAAAGAAGCCACGGAGCGCGGUGUUCACCGUGGGCAGUGAUGCCACGUUCGCAGCGGAGACAGAGAAAGGGGUGACAAAGGUGAGAUGGCAGCGGCAUGGUGCAGACAUGGCAGCGAGUGAGCGAUGGACCAUGGUUUCAGAGGGCACCUUGCACACCCUCACCAUCCAUUCAGUGAGCAGCCUUGACAGCGGAGUCUAUGCGGUCAUCGCCGGAAGUUCAAAGGUCAAAUUUGAGCUGAAGGUCAAGGAGCCAGCAGACGGUGGAUGUGGACCAUUACCUCCAGGUGAAGGAGAACAAAAACUGACAAGAGAUACACAUGCAGCCUCCCCCACCGGGAAUGUUUCAGCAAACAGCGAGGCAGCAGCUGGAGUCCCGGGCGGACAGAAGGUUCCAGAAUCACACAGCACAGAGCAGGAUCAGGAAGGGUGUGAUGGAGAGAAAGUUCCAGCUCCUUCUGGAACAGCCCUGAAGAGGGGCAGUGUCGAGGGGGCAUCUUUCCAAGAUGGUGUUGCCUUGUUUCUGGAGAGACCCCAGUCUGGGACAGUUACUGUCGGGUCGGACAUUAUCUUCACCAGCCGCGUCCAGGGCACCAACAUCCUGAGGAAGCCCACCGUGCGAUGGUUCAAAGGGAAAUGGAUGGAUGUGUCCAGUAAAACCGGAGCUCACCUCCAACUGAAGGAGACAUACGACCGUAACAGCAAGGUCUACACGUUUGAGAUGCAUAUCAUACAGGCAAAAAGCAAUGACGCCGGGGGUUAUCGCUGUGAAGUGACUGACAAAGACCGGUUCGAUUGCUGCAACUUUGAAUUGACCGUUCACGAUGCCCCGGUGCAGGAGGAGGUGAACCUUUUGUCUCAGUUCAGACGCACUAGCACCGACGGAGGAGAAGAAGCUGGUGAACUGGACUUCAGUGCACUCCUCAAGAAGAGGAAUGUAAAGGUGGAGGAAGGGCCAAAGAUUGACGUCUGGGAGAUUCUCCAGAACGCUCCACCCACUCAAUACGAGAAGAUAGCGUUCCAGUACGGAAUCACCGACCUGCGCGGGAUGCUCAAGCGUCUGAAACGAAUGAGGAAGGAAGAAAAGAAAGGCACAGCCUUCCUGACCAAGUUAGCUGGAGCCUACCAGGUAGACAAGGGCCAGAAGAUGAAGCUGAUGGUGGAAGUGGCCAAUCCAGACGCGGAGGUGAAGUGGCUGAAGAACGGCCAGGAGCUGCAUCCCAGCGGCAGCAAGUUUAUCUUUGAGAACAUUGGGAACAAACGGAUGCUGACGAUUAACCACUGCUCACUGGCUGACGAUGCAGCUUACCAGUGUGUGCUGGGAGAUGAGAAGACCAUCACAGAGCUCUUCGUCAGAGAGCCCCCAGUGUUGAUUACUCACCCCCUCGAGGAUCAAGUGGCAAUGGUGGGUGAGAGAGUGGAGUUUGAGCUCGAAGUGUCUGAGGAAGGGGCUCUGGUCAAGUGGGAACGCAACGGCCAGGAGCUGAGACGAGAGGAGACGUUCAAGUACCGCUUCAAAAAAGAUGGCAAAAAGCACGUUCUGUUCAUCAAUGAGGCUACCAAAGAGGAUGCUGGUCACUACACUGCCAAAACCAACGGAGACCAGUCUGUGGCUGAGCUCCUUGUCCAAGAGAAACAGCUGGAAGUUUAUCAGGAUAUUGCAGAUUUGACGGUGAAGGCUGAGGAACAGGCCGUCUUCAAGUGUGAGGUGUCUGAUGACAAAGUCAAAGGGACCUGGUUUAAGAAUGGUGUGGAGGUCAUUCCCAAUAACAGAAUGCAAAUCACACACAUUGGCAGAAUCCACAAACUAGUGAUUGACAAUGUGAGACCUGAGGAUGAAGGUGAUUACACCUUUGUACCUGAUGGCUUUGCCUUCAACCUCUCAGCCAAGCUGAACUUCCUGGAGGUUAAAAUUGACUACGUGCCCCGGCAAGAUCCCCCCAAAAUCCACCUGGACUGUUUGGGCAGGAUUCCUGAUGCCACCAUCAUUGUUGUGGCUGGGAACAAGCUCCGGCUAGAUGUGCCCAUCACUGGAGACCCGGUCCCUACCGUCAUCUGGACCAAGGCUGACCAGGUGAUCACAGAGCUGGAUGGCCGUGUCCACAUUGAGAAACACCCUGACCACUGUUUGUUCAUCAUGGAGGGAGCAGAGAGAUGUGAUCAGGGUGUCUACACCGUCCUAGUGAAGAACCCGGCAGGGGAAGAUCGAGCCGAUAUCACUGUAAAAGUCGUUGACGUCCCAGAUCCCCCUGACGCUCCGUUGGUCCUCAGUGUUGGGGAGGACUGCUGCACGAUCCAGUGGGAGCCCCCGGCAUUUGAUGGAGGUCAACCUGUGCUGGGGUACGUGCUGGAAAGGAAGAAGAAGAACAGUUGUCGGUGGAUGAGGCUGAACUUUGACCUCUGGAAGGAGACGACAUAUGAGGCAAAGCGAAUGAUUGAAGGGGUUGUCUAUGAGAUGAGAGUCUACGCUGUCAAUUCGAUUGGCAUGUCGCGGCACAGCCAAGCAACCAGACCCUUCAUACCGAUCGCACCCACUAGUGAACCCACUAACCUGACUGUGGAGGAUGUGAGUGACACAACCAUCUCUCUGAAGUGGAGAGCUCCCGAGAAGGUGGGAGCGGCUGGAUUGGAUGGCUAUCUGGUGGAGUAUUGCAAGGAGGGAUCGAAUGACUGGGUACCUGCUCAGCAAGGACUGACUGAUCGUAACUCAAUCCUAAUCCACGACCUGCCCACGGGGGAGAGGAUGCAUUUCCGAGUGAAAGCCAUCAACAUGGCAGGACCGAGUGCUGCAGCCUCACUGAGCCAACCGGUCACCAUCCGGGAAAUAGUCCAGCGACCCAGGAUCUGUCUGCCUCGCAACCUCCGACAGAAGGUGCUGAAAGUGGUGGGAGAGUCAGUGAACCUCCUGAUCCCCUUCCAGGGCAAGCCCAGACCAGUGGUCAGCUGGCUGAAGGAUGGACAGCCUCUCAAUCUGCAGGACGUCACAGUCCGCAACAGCGACAGCGACACCAUUCUGUUUAUCCGCAGUGCGGAGCGUGGACAUUCGGGCAUCUACCAACUGCAGGUAGAAGUUGAGAGUGCCCAGGACACAGCCAGCAUCCACAUCCAGGUCAUAGACAGGCCAGGACCCCCUGUCGCUGUGAAGAUCCGUGAGGUGUGGGGCUUGAAUGUGGCUCUAUCCUGGCUACCCCCUAAGGAUGAUGGCAACUGUGAGAUCACUGGCUACACCAUCCAGAAGGCUGACAAGAAGACCAUGGAGUGGUUUGUGGUGUAUGAGCACUGUCGGCGGGUUGAGUGCUCGGUGUCGGAGCUGGUGGUGGGGAACGAAUACUUCUUCAGGGUUUUCACGGAGAAUCUGUGCGGCCUGAGUCAGGAGGCUGCUCAGACCAAAGACAGUGUCUACAUCCAGAAGCCAGGGACAGAGUACAAACCACCCAGCUACAAGGAGCAUGACUUCACCGAGCCCCCCAAGUUCACCCGGCCCUUGAUCGACCGCUCGGUGAUUUGUGGUUACAACGCCACACUGAGCUGUGCUGUGCGAGGAACACCCAAGCCCAAGGUGGUGUGGUGUAAGAACCAGGUGGACCUGUCUGGUGAUCCACGCUACAGGAUGUUCAGUAACCAAGGAGUACUGACCCUGGAGAUCCGCAAACCAAGCUCCUUCGAUGCUGGGAUCUACAGCUGUGUGGCCAGCAACCCCCUGGGAGAGGCCAGGAGCAACUGCAAACUGGAGGUCCGAGUGCCAUAGUGGCCUUUCACAGCUCUCCACACAGGCAUUGGAGAUUUCAGGCCUGGGUUCACUGGCUAAGGAUACAGAGGAAGACAAUCACCCCAGCUGGAAGGCUGAAGUAUUGGAGAGGAUGGAGAUGGCAAACCUCAGCUGCUUAAUCUGCCUCUAGGUUCUCGAUCUCUGAUUGAAACUGAGGCAUUCCUACCAAAGCCACCCUGCUCUGAAACCCAGUCUCACUUGCCUGUGUCCGCGUGUGUGCGUGUAUUUAUAGCCAAACGUGAUGCUCUGAUCCCAUCCAAUUGUUGCAGACUUUUUGUUUUGUGUCAUGGGUUUAUUCUUUUGUGUGGUCCUUCUCUUCCAGUUACCCAGAACGUUCUGAAUGUGUGAUUGCACAGAGAGUGACCAUUGAAGGGCACCACCCUCUGGUUCCCAGGACGAUAUGCGUCUGGUUGCACUGUGUUUGUAAUGAUUUGUAAAACCCUGCACUACAUUUCUGAAAUAAAGAGCCUUCUUAGCAACA